AUGGAACAUCUUGCAAAGGGCCUUUGUCGUCGAAUCGGGAAUGAUCAUGCAACACCCAUUUGGUUUCAUCCUUGGGUUCCAAAUGGAGUGUUAAGGCUGGAACCAAGGUUGGAUGCCACUUUCGUUUCUUUUUCUAUGAACAACAAUAAUGCUUCCAUUCAAAUUCUGACUGGGUCCAACUACAAGAAGUGGAAACGAGAUGUGGAUUUUAGUUUGGAAAUCAUGGACUUGGACCUAUGCAUGCGUGAAGAUCAACCUGGUGCUCCAACUAAUGCGAGCACUGUUGCCCAGAGAAAUCUCCAUGCACAAUGGGAAAAGUCAAAUCGUCUCAAUAUAAUAGCUAUGAAAAGAUCGAGUCCUAAACAUCUUUUGAGUGGUCUGCCUAAGACAACUAAUGCCAAAGAGUUUUUAACUAAUGUGGGAAAAUUAUAUGAAACUGGUGAGAAUGCUAAAAUUGGAUCUCUUAUGGAUGAGAAUCAAACCAUCAAGUAUGAUGAAACUAAAAGAGUGAGGGACUUCAUUCUGAAAAUUGUCAAUGUUCAGUCAAAGCUAAAAGAUCGUAAGAUUCCUCUACCAGGUUCUUAUAUUAUUCAUCAUGCUCUCAAUGCUCUUCCUACAUCGUUCAGUCUCAUUAAGAUAGCCUACAAAACUUAUAAUCAAACAUGGAGCAUAAAUGACUUAAUUUUGAAGUGUGUUGCUAAGGAAAACAAACUGAAAAGGGAGAAGAAUGAGUCAGCUCAUUAUGUUUCUUAA